AUGAUUUUUUGUCAACUCAACCCUGGUCAACUCAAUCGCUCAACCCCAGUCCUCAGCCCGGUCACUCAAUCUGUCAACUCAACCCCCGGUCAACUCAACCCCCAGUCAACUCAACUCAACUCAACCCUCAGGGUCCUCAGCCCCAGCCCCUCAAACUCAGUCAACUCAGCCCCAAGCUCAGCCCCAGUCAGCUCCCCGGUCAGUCCUCCCCCGGUCAACUCAACCCCGGUCAACUCAACUCAACUCCCGUCGCUCAACCCCAGUCAACUCAGCCCCCGGUCAACUCAGCCCCCAGGUCAACUCAGCCCCCCAGUCAGCCCCCGGUCAACUCAGCCCCAGUCAGCUCAGGUCCAACUCAACCCCGGUCAACUCAGCCAGUCAACUCAACCCCGGUCAGCAUGGUCCCUCAACCCCGGUCAACUCAACCCCCAGUCCCCUCAACUCCCGGUCAACUCAACCCUGGUCAACUCAGGUCAACUCAGCCCCAACUCAACUGGUCAUCCUCAGCCCCUGGUCAAGCUCAGCCUGGUCAGCUCAACCCCGGUCGCUCAGCCCCUGGUCAACUCAACCCCCAGUCAACUCAGCCUGGUCAACUCACCCCCAGUCAACUCUCAACGUCAGGUCAACUCAACCCGGUCAGCUCAACUCAACUCGGUCAACUCAGUCAACUCGUCUCAACCCCGGUCAACUCAACUCAUUCAGCUCAUCCAACUAUCAACUCAUCAGUCAUUAAUAUAA